AAGUCCCGGAUGAGGACGGUGUUCACCGACACUCAGACGAAGCGUCUCGAGGCGCUGUUCGAGCUCACUGACUACCCGCCGGUGGAGGCGCGAGCUGAGGCGGCGAGGAGCACCGGGCUGAGCGAGGAGACCGUCAGGGUGUGGUUUAAGAAUCGCAGAGCCCGGAGGAAGCGGCAGCGCAGCGGGUCAAAGGUCAAAUCCCAGUCACCUUCGCCCAGCACCGCAGCAGAGAAGAAUCUUUUCACCUCCUACCUGUGAACUGACAGACUGUACACCUGCUACUCAGAGGUCAAACUCAGGUCAAAGGUCACUGAUGCUGAUCAAACUCAACAUUUUUGUACUGUGAUGGUGCGUUCAGAGGCUGCUGGGAAAACCAGACACCUGAGAGUUUAACCCCUGUGGAAAUGGUUCACUGUGAACUGUUUGGACUGAUUUACAGUUUUCUACUUUUAAAUUAUUUUGUAUUUUUUAUGUAAUUUAUUCCAAUCAAUAAAUUUAGUUCAGAUCCAUUUUAAUGAAAGUUGGUGUCUUGUCUUCUUUUACACUUUGCAUUAUUAAAGCAUGCAGUAUUUCUGCUUUCUGGAGAGGAAGGUGCUCUCUGAUGUU